GAGUUAACCCUCAAAUGCCAAUGGAUUCCUGAUGGCUGGCUAUGUAAUAUGCCUGGUCCAGCGCCUUCAGCUUCGACUAUCUCACAUUUGCAAAGUGGCAAACUCGUCGCGUCUAGCGCGCUGUUCGCGCUCGUCGCGCAGCUCGCGCGUUCAGCGCCUCUCGCGCUGAUUUCGCGCUCUCGAUUAGACGAUGCAUAUAAAACUUCCUGUCGUCUUGCCUUCCCUCCUCGUCCCUCUUCCCCCCGACGUGCGUACCACCCCUACUUUUCGAGCGCUAUCGACGUCGCCUUGAAUUCGUCGUCUAUUCUCAGCUCGGGCCAUCUUUCUCUAUCGACCUCGUAGCUCCACCUCCGUCGCUCUAACCGCUGUCGCCAUCGUGGCCGUCUCUAUUCCCGAAUGACGACCGUCUCGCCUACGAACCAAUCUUCUUCGAACCCGGUACAGGCGAAUUCCGCGCCCCAGGAGCGCAGCGCAGGUCGCGGUAUAGCGGGUGGUCUGAGCC